AUGUCGCACGCACUUUACCGUGUGUUCCAGCCCAAUACCGAACUACUGUCGGCCAUCACCAGGCUACUCCAGGUUCCCCCUAGUCCAAGUGGAGGACUCCAGAUCGACUACUCCAUUUCCCCCUACUCCGAGUGGAUGACUCCAAAUCCACUCCUCCAAUUUCGCGUCAGACACUACUCCAACACAAUGGACCAUCCCACGAGUUCAUCUCGUCUCAAGCUCGAGAAGAUCGCUACCAGAGAGUCUUAUACGUUCCAGGGCCAGAGAGGAUGGCGAAAGUUUCGGAUGCUCCGUCCUGGAAGGGGCAUGUAUCACGAUGUGAAGCGACGGCUACCCUACUACUGGAGUGAUAUCACCGAUGCCUUUACCUACCGCGCAAUUGCGAGUACCAUCCGGAUGUACUUUGUCAAUUCCUCUAGAAGGAGGAUAGGGAAUGGUUUGAGGUUUCGGUGGCCUAGGCGACUGAUUCGUCACACCCUCGAUCUCACGUGGAUGGAUGCGAACCCGAUUUGGUUGCUGUCAAUACUGCAAAGUGCCAGAGUUCUGAUGCACACUAGUGUUCUUCCCGCUCUUGCGUUCACAUUGGACAUGUAUCGUCGCACCGGCGGCUUUUUCGGUGUUAAUGAAGCGCUCUUUGCUUCUGCGCUGGCCGCUAUGGUAUUCAGCUUGUUGUCUUGCCAACCACUCACCAUCGUUGGCGUAACGGGUCUCAUCGCCUUGUUCAACUACACCAUUUACGACAUCAUCGAACAGUACGAUCCCACAAUCUAUCCAGCAUUCACAGCAUGGGUCGGAAUAUGGGCCGCGAUCUUCCAUUGGACAGUGUCUUUUGGCAAUUUGUGCGACUACAUGGCCUAUAUCACCGACUUCUCAAGUGAGACAUUUGGCAUGUAUGUCGGAAUCAUCUAUUGUAUCAAAGGCGUUGAAGAGUUAGUCUAUCUAUUCGAGACAUCUGGUUUUGAUGGCGGAUACCUGUCCAUUGUCAUUGCAAUACUCUAUUUCGGCUCUGUUUACGGCCUGGAGAAGCUCGGUGGCAGCACGAUUGGAACACCUGGUAUCCGCAAUUUUCUUGCCGACUAUGCCUACGUUUUCCCCACUCUGUUCUGGGUUGGCUUCUCGCACUUCCCAGGCAGAUUGGCAGAUACGGAGCUAUAUCGCGUACCUAUUGUCGGAAGCUUCCAGCCUACACAGCAGAGGGACUGGGUGAUUGCAUUCUGGAACCUAGAUGUGAAAUGGGUCUUCGUCGCACUGCCGUUUGGGUUUCUCAUGAUGCUACUGUUUUACUACGAUCAUAAUGUAUCCUCAUUAGCCGCACAAGCACGCCAAUACCCCCUCCAGAAACCCGCCGGCUUCCACUGGGACUUCUUCCUCCUAGGCUGCACAUGCUUCGUCUCGGGCAUUAUUGGCCUCCCCCUCCCCAACGGCCUCGUGCCCCAAGCCCCCGUCCACACGGAUUCCCUCACCAUCUACGAGACUCGCUUAUCGGUCACAGAGACGGUCGACGGCGAUGAAAUCCGCAAACCGGUAGUAGUAGCCACCGCCGUGGUCGAACAACGCGUCAGUCAUUUCCUCAUGGGCAUGGCCAUCUGGGGCACCAUGAGCGGUCCCCUAUUGACCGUCCUACACACCAUGCCCGCCGCCGUCUUCGCAGGCGUCUUCUUCGUCGUCGGCUGGGGCUCCAUCGAGUCCAACGGCAUCGUCUCCAAGGCCAUCUACCUGCUCUCCGAACGCCGCUUCAUCCAGCCCUCGAACCCGCUGUCCACCAUUGCACGUAGGAAAAUCGUCUUCUACAUUGGUCUCCAGAUCUUGGGCGUCGCGUGCACAGUCGCUAUCUCGCAAACCAUUGCCGCCAUUGGCUUCCCCGUCCUCAUCAUCGCCCUCAUCCCGCUGAGGACCAGCCUCAUGCCUCGCUGGUUCUCCCCGCAGGAGCUCAGUGUGCUGGAUAAUCUGACGGCGGAUAAUCCGAGUGUGCUGGUUAGUUUUGGGGGCACGCCGGCGGGCAUGAAGGGUUUGUCAGGUCGCAAUGAUGAGAGCGAAGGUGUUGUGAGGUCUGCGACGCAGCGUGCAGAAGGGAAUUUGCAUGGGUAA